AUGGACUUCAACGCGCGCACAGCGGUGUGGCGUGCCACUGAAACUACAUUGGGCGAGCUGACUUCCUGCCGGACUAACGCCACUCUCAGGCUCGUGAUGGACCUUCAGAACAUGAGAAAUGCGUGUGUGUUACAGAACGUUUGUGCCAGCCCUUGGGAUAUUUUAACAAACUGGGUAGAAGUUUUAUCACUGAGGCUCCUUGUGACCUUCUAUGAGCUGACCCACCAGUUACUUGAUGUCCAGCAGAUCGAUGACCGGCUUGGGUUUCAGCACAAGUGGUGGUCCACUCUCAACAGCCUCGCCAUGGCCAAACUCAUGUCCGAGAGCCUGGCUGGGUGCUGGGCUAAGAGCAUGGACGUGGAGCCUGACUCCCUCUUCCUUCUUGAAGCCUCCGGUAACCUGCUGUCCGGUAACAGCUCGGAGGGUGCCCUCGUAGGGGUGCUGGGUGCCUUGCGGGACACGCAGGAGUGCUUGGUGUGGACGGCAGGGGCGUCACUGAAGCUCCGGUCCCGGGAACUGCUGUCCAGCCUCAGCCUGAAGCUGUGCCUGCUGAGCCUGGCCUGCCUCAUCUACCCGGCCGUGCUCUUCUCCUUCAAGCAGAUGACCGAGUGGAUCCAGAACUAUGCGUGCAGCCUCCGCGAGCGCACCGAGGACCUGAAAAGAGAGCGGAGGCUGGCUGAGGACCUGCUCCACCAGAUGCUGCCCAAGUCGGUGGCCAAGCAGCUCAGGCAGCAGAAGCAUGUGGAAGCGGAGAGCUACGAGCAGGUCACCAUCUUCUUCUCUGACAUCGUGGGCUUCACGACCAUAUCCGCAUCCUGCAGCCCACUGCAGGUGGUCGAGAUGCUGAACAACCUCUACAUGUGCUUUGACACACGCAUCGACUCCUAUGACGUCUACAAGGUGGAGACCAUCGGAGAUGCGUAUAUGGUGGUGAGCGGUCUGCCAGAGAGGAACGGCGAUAAGCACGCAGACGAGAUUGCCAAGAUGUCCCUGGACCUGGUGGCAGCCGUGAGACAAGUUGCCAUCCCGCACAUGCCCAACCAGCGGCUCCAGCUCCGAGCCGGCAUACACACAGGGCCAUGCGUGGCUGGAAUUGUUGGCUACAAGAUGCCUCGCUACUGUCUUUUUGGAGAUACUGUCAACACCGCUUCCAGAAUGGAGUCCACAAGCCUGCCCCAGAAGGUCCAUGCCAGCUCAGCUACCUAUUUGGCCCUGAUGAAGGACAACGCCUACGAACUACAGCUCAGGGGAGAGAUCGAAGUCAAGGGCAAGGGUAAGAUGAACACCUACUGGCUGGUGGGCCACAAGAACUUCAGUGUGCAGAACGACAGCCUGGUGUGCCACUGGAACCCCAACCUGGCCCGCAAGAAGAGAACUCCUGUGGGGAGCAGCGCCUCAAUGGCCAACUCCAGCCUGACCAUCCAGAGCGUGAGUGAGAACAUGACGCCCACCUCUCAGCACCCGUCCCAGCCGGGGUCCGAGGCCACGCUGUGUGUGUCGGUGCAGGUGGAGAACUGCGCUGGCAGCUUCGGCACGCUGGGCUCCAUGGUGGGGGGCCUGCAGGAGAGCCCCAGGCAAAGCGGCUCCUCGCCGGAUCACAGAGCAGACCUGCUCCCGGGAGCAGUGCAGCCCUCAUGAGGAGGAAGGGGCUGAUGAAGGGAGCAGGGGAGGUUUGUGUUUGUGUGUGGACAUGCAUAGAUAUUAGAAAGCUAGAUACCGCAUUGUCCGUCGAGUUCUAUAAGGUGGCAUUCGUGAGCACGGCAGCCAUAUUGGGGCUGCCAUGGCCUACUGGUUAGCACUUCAGACCUGUAACUGGAGGGUUGCCGGUU